GCGGGCACACGUUCUUUGGUUAAGAUUUCCUUUUGGCUUUUGAGAAAAAUCAAGUUAAACGACAAUCGAAAUACUUUUAUUUAUUUAUUUUUCCGACGAACACUUGGUAAUAUCUCAUUGUUGAAUGAAGCAGUGAUGUAAUUGAUGGCUUUCUACCAAACUAACGUUUACUAUGUCACACAAAGUGGAUUUUCUUUUAGUCUUUAUGCAAUUGUUUUCCAGUAUCUUCGCCACCAAAACAACCGUUAUAUUUGGUCUGGUUGAUGAAGACGUGAAACUUCCCUGUAAUAUCACAGCUACUCUACCACAUGACAAACCGGCUCUAGUCCUGUGGUACAAAGACAAAUUACCAACUCCGAUUUACACCCUGGACAGCAGAAUAGGCCCCCUGUGGCAAGCCCGUCAUUCGUCCAGUGAUGGGUUGGCCACCAGGGCAUAUCUGACAACAGUUAAUAGACCUGCCACACUUGUAAUCAGCCAGGUGAAAAAAGAAGACGAAGGGUCUUAUCGUUGUAGAGUGGAUUUCAACAGAGCCAGAACUCGCUACACGGAUAGCGUUUUAAAGGUUAUUGUCCCCCCGUCAAAACUUAUCAUAAAGGAUCAUCAGAGACAACCCCUGAAAAGCUUGAUUGGUCCAUACAACGAAGGAGAACCUUUAUUUUUGACGUGUGAAGUGCAAGGAGGUAGUCCAAUGCCUUCUGUUACUUGGUGGAGAGAAUCCGUUCUAUUAGACGACAACUACAGCCUGGCAAAUAAUGGUUUUACUGUCAAUGAACUGGUAAUUCCUAGACUCCGUAGACACGACUUGAUGGCAGAUUUUACCUGCUGUGCCUCGAAUACCAACCUUUCCACUGCUCUUUCAUCAACAGUAACAUUGGAUAUGAAUUUCAGGCCUCUAUUACUUGAAAUGGAAGGAGGUCAACAGCCAUUAUCAGCGGGAACUCCAACCAAACUAAACUGUCAUAGUGCCGGAUCACGACCACCAGUUGCUAUUACUUGGUGGAAAGGGUUCAAGGAGCUUAGAACAGCUAGGACUACUGUGUCCAAUCAUGGUAACUCAACCAUCAGCACUCUCAUAUUUACACCAAUGGUUGAAGAUGAUAAUCAAAUCUUAGCCUGUGUUGCCGAAAACAAAUUAAUGCCUAGGACCACAUUGAGGGAAGAGCGGAAAUUAAAUGUCCAUUAUGCUCCACUAGCAAGUCUAUGGUUUUCUGGAAAUAGAAAGUCUGGAUCAGUAAGGGAAGGAUCUGACGUUUACUUUGAAUGUUUAGUUCAAUCCAAUCCCGAGCCUGUAAAGAUUUCCUGGAUGUUUGAAGGAAAAGAGCUACAGGCCAGCAACUCAAUGAAAAUUCUAGUUCACAAUUAUACAUUAACUGUGAAAGAAAUAAGCCGUUCCAGUAGAGGGCGCUACAGCUGCACAGCAACCAAUAGUGAAGGAAAGGGGGAAAGUGGCAUAUUUUUUCACGAGUACAAUCUACGAGUACAAUACGCUCCCAUGUGUAAAACUAAGCAGAUCAGAGCUUUCGGAGUUCCAGUUCAUGAGUCUAUUCGAAUUGACUGCGAAGUAGAUGCUGAACCACCUGACGUUACUUUUCGAUGGAUUUUUAAUAACACGCACGAAACGUUCGACGUGGUGGACUAUGAGAAUCAUUUGACGAGAAGUCGAGCAACCUUUAUUCCCCGAAGUAUUCAGGACUAUGGUGUCUUAUUUUGUUCAGCCGAGAAUGAAGUAGGACCUCAGGUGUCGCCAUGUGUGUUUACCAUUACGCCAGUAGGACCACCAGAAAAACCACGUGAUUGUAUGGUACGAAAUGUUACUAUGUACUCCAUUCAAAUCGCAUGUGAAGAAGGCUUUAAUGGUGGUUUAAAGCAACACUUUGUUUUAGAAAUAUAUGACAAGAACUUGGAAACGAGAGAAAUUAAUAUAACUUCAGAGAUACCGGUGUUUCUUAUUCAAGAUUUGUCUUAUGAAACGCCUUUUGAAGUCAUAGUUUACGCAAUGAACUCGGAAGGUAAGAGUGAAAACUGGGUCAUGACAAUCAACACCCUUUCCAACGUUAUAGGACAUGAUGAAUCCCACUGGAGUUUUCCGUUCGGGCCACUUUUUGUAAUUAUUGGAACAAGUUUUGUUGCUGUAACAGCGGUUGUUCUGGUCAUAAUAAUUCUUAUCCACGUGCGCCAGUCCCGUAGGAAGCCAAACAGCCGCCAAAGAGAUGUCUCUACCGGUUCAGAGGAGAGAUUCGUUCUAAAAAACAGCACCGAUGGAUUUAAAAGAACGACAUCACAUUUGGAAGAAGAUACAUGUCCUGAUAUUAUACCGAUGAGCCUACAUCAAGGAAGUGAAACGUCAAUGGAUGGUGAAGAAAGAAGUAAUGAAGAAAGUGUGUUCCUUGCAAGACAUUCCAUAUCAAAAACAAACACACGCAGUGUUCCUUAUGAAACUCCUGAACCUGACGAGAAGUAUACAUAUUUAAAUAUAGGCUGCAGCUCUUCAACCAGAAGCUCUCCACCUUCUUCAUCAACGACGAAUGAGGAUCAGUAUCACGUUACUAGCUCUGUACCUUCAACAACGUUACGAAGGAUCGUUUGUCAGAAAGGAGCCUCAUUUGUGUCUAAAGGAGCAACAACAAACGUUUAGAAUCACAAGUCUUUGUUAUUUAAGUAACUUAACAAUUAAUCUUUUCAAAUCCUAUUUAUUUUCGUUGUAGUCUAGACUGAUUUUCUGAAUAAA